AUGUCAGAACGCAAAUCCUUGUUGGUAAAAGUCGAUAAGUGGUUUAAAAAGGAGAAAAACAAAAUUUCAGGUGUUAAAAACCCAUACCCAUCUGAAACUAAGGAGUCUCAAACUAGUAAGUCGAAAAAUAACGAAUCUGAAACCCUAACGCCCGAUCUCGUUACUGGUAAAAUGUCGAACAUCUAUGCAGAGAUUGCUCGCCUCAAACUCAAUACAGAGCAAAA